AACAAGCACAAUAAAUUUAAAUGGCAUCUUUAAGCAACCUAAAACAAAUACCUACAUUGUCCUCACCAACGGGCGUGGGGCAUCGCCAAAACUAUAUACCGGAGUUGGAGCAAUAUCCAACAAUUAAUCUAAAGAACGAGCUGCUCAAUCCAUCAGCUCACCGCUUUUCUGUGGGCCACAGCUUCAUACCGGUCGAGAGCGAAAGCGUGCCGAAGCGCAUUUCGCGCACAUUCUUCGAUGGCGGCUUUUGGGAAUCGCUGGCGGAGGCGCGUAGCGAAAAAACGCGCGAACAAGCGCCUCUUAUAAGCAAAACAGCCGAUUACAUUGCGCAUCUGCUGGACCUCUAUAGCAGAUUUAAAUUAAAGGUAUUUCCUCACACACAGCAGCUGAGCGCUGAGCGCAUUGCUCAAUAUGCUGAGACCAGAGAUUGGGUAAACAGUUCUGUUCGCUACAUCGCCUGGCACGUGCAUCUCUUUAAACUGGCGGUGGCCGGCGUGGACGACGUGGUGCGUGUUUACAGUAAGAUUACAGAUAAUAAUGCUGGCAUGGGCCCCGUGCUGAAAAGCCCAACACAAACCCAAAUAACAUGCAUGGCCUGGCGGCCGCUGUGUGCCUUUGAGCUUGUGGUUGGCUGCCGUCAGGGCUUGUGCUUUUGGAUAAUUGACAACAACCUGCAUCUGGGUCGCACCAUCAAUCCCAGUCACACAUUGAAACAUCCGGACAAUCUACCCAUAAGCUCGAUGCAGUGGAACAAGGAUGGCACCUUGCUGGCCACCGCCUCCAUUGGUGAUCGCGCCAUACUCAUUUGGCAUCCUGACAGUAAAAGGUUGAAGCCUCUGAAACGUCUGGGUCCACCAGGCUCUCUGCUCAGCUGGUCACCGUGCAAUGAAUGGAUCUUUGCGGCAACUGUGGAUCGCGUGUUUCGCGUGUGGAAAUGUCACGAUCGCUGGACCUCAGAUCGUUGGGUAUGCGAUGGCGGCAACGUUCAAGCCGCCUGCUGGUCACCCUACGGUCGCUUUCUGCUAUUUGCGAGCACUGCUGAGCCAAUUUUAUACCGUCUUCAAUUCGUUCAGCUGCUUCUCCAGUCAUCGAAAUCUGAUGAUAAGGAAGUGCUGCCUGUUGCCGAUCUAAAUGCGUGCACCUUGGAUAGCAGCAAGCAUACGCUCAUUGGAGGCACUGUCCAGCAGUUGGUAUGGGAUCCGCAGGGCAAAUAUCUGGUGAUCACCUUCAAGUCAACCAAUUCCAUAGCCAUUUUCCGCACAUACAUACAGAAGUACGAUUUGCAAAUAUCGGGCGGUUACUAUUUAAAUGGCCAAACGACGGCCGAAUAUCCCAGCUUCGUUUGCUUCCAGCCAUUGAACAAGGACAACGAUCGCUCGGUACUGACCAUUGGCUGGUCAAGUGGUCGCAUUCAGUUCUAUGCUUUAGAUUAAACGAUUCUAUGUGAAUAGGAU